UUCGAAACUUGUGCUUGGUUUUUCUCUUCACCGGUCCUUCAGGCUGUCGGCCUUCAUUCAAACUUAGAUCAUUGUCUAGUAUCAUUCGUUAUUACUAGUCGAUCUUCACUCUUUCUUCAAUCUCUUGAAUCUAAUUUCUUGUUCUAUACUUAAUAAUAUCGCUCCUCUCCAAACAAACUCCACCAUCAGCCCCACCAACUCGACCAUGCGUUCUGCACUUAUUCUCGUUUUGGCAGCGCUUGCCUCUUCAGUUGCAGCUCUCCCAGGAAGCUCGGAUUACAGUUCAUCUGGCGACAAUUCCUACUCUUCCGGAGACAAAUCUGGAUCUUCUGAAAACUCGUCGUCAGGAGACUCACCAUCAUACGGAGGCAACAGCUACUCGAAGCCAAGCAACUCAUACGACUCCAAGUCAAAAGACUCGUACGAGUCGAAAUCGAAAGACUCCUAUAAAUCGAAACCAUACGAAGUGAAGUCGUACACCAAGUCUGUAUCUCACGAAACAAAAACACAUUCGGAAGGGUACAAAGCAACCAAGACCCACGAAAACUACAGCAAGGAAACCAAAGCCUACAAAACACACAGCUACCUCGUCGGCACUCACGCUUCCUACAGCCAAGAGACGCACAGCGCUAAGUCGCACUCAACUAAGUCCAAAGACUGUAAGACGCACACUAUGACAUAUACCCGCACUGAGAGUGCCGAGAGCGGUGGAUACACUACCAUCAUCAACAUCUCUUUCAGCACUGAGACAUUUGGGGCAGGAACAACCCAAGUUUACACUCCUCCGGCUUCGACUCCUCUAGCAAUCACUCAGACUUACUUCACCAGCACCAGCACCUCCUCUGUCAGCCAAGCGACGUCAACGCUUCUCACGCAACAAAACGCUACCACUAUUGCGCCAAUCACCUUCACUGGCGCAGCUACUCUGUCUGCAGGGACACAGUUGUACAGCUUGGCCGCUGCUAGUUUAGCUGCGUUGGUCAUGCUGUGUCUUUGAGAUUUCGUUGGACAGGGGAGAUAAUUGGGGGGACCGGGGGGCGUUAAUGGUUGGGUCAGAUUCCUCAUUGGAGGAUCUUUUAUAUACCCCUGCAACUGGUGUUUGGGAAGGGGGAUUCAACAAGUGGAACUCAAGCUAAACAUAGCCGGUAGAUAGACCAUAAUUGAGAGGGUUAAGAUCCAGUUACGGAGACAUGUCACGUGCUGAGUCUGGGCCUUCAAAGCAUUUCCUCUUUUGAGUUAAAGCAAACUUCUCCAUAAAGUCAUGGGAUCUCUAUAUUCUUCUCAGUCCCUUAGU